AUGGUUGGUCCGGUGAAAAACGAAGAAUCAUCUUUUAGUCCUAAUACAGAUCAUACUCAACAACAACAUUAUCGUCUUCAAUUAUUAGCACAAGCUAUAGAAAAAGUAGAAAGUGAGUGUUCACAAACAAAACUUGCUGUUACAACAAAUUUAACUCAUAAAAAACAACAAGUACAACAGCAAAUUCCAAUCGAUUCUCUUCCCAUGUCUGCAUCACCAACACAACAACAACAACAACAAGAAUUAUUAAUGCAAUUACUUACUCAACAAAAUGUUGCAGCAGUUAUGGCCGCCGCUGCUGCUGCAGCUGCAGCACAACGUCAAGCUCAUCAGCAACAACAAAAACUUGAGCCUAUAUCUCCACCAUCAACAUCUUCAGCAUCAUCAACAGCUGAAAGUCCAAUAGAUUUUUCAUCUCGUCGUUCAACAGAUGACAUGAAUGAAUAUACUACUACUCCACCAUCAUUAUCACCAAAUCAACAACUUAUUUCAACAAUGUUACAAAAUCUUCAAUCAACAAAUAAUUUUCCUUUUUUAUUAACAAAUAAAAAUGGUAAACCAACACGACCAUUUAAAGCUUAUCCACGUGAACCAUUAAUGUUACCAUUUGGUUUUUGUUCUAAUACAACAUCAAUGGAACAAAAUUCUAUUCUUGCUGAUGCAGCUAGUUGUUCAACACUUAAUCGAAAACGACUUGCUCAAACACAAGAACGUCUUAAACAACGUUUACAACAACAACAACAGCAGCAACAACAACAACAAUCACAAUCAACACAUUUUAUAUCAUCAUCCGGAACACAAAUUUUACAACCACCAAAAAAACGACAUCGAAUUAUGGAUGAUUCAAUAAUAGAUGAUGAAAAAAAUCUAAGCAAAGAUAAUAAUGAUGAAGCAAAUAAUGGAAUCAAAGAUGAUGCUUAUUGGGAACGACGACGAAAAAAUAAUGAAGCAGCUAAACGAAGUCGUGAUUCACGACGUGCGAAAGAGGAUGAAAUUGCUUUAAGAGCUGCUAUUUUAGAACAAGAAAAUAUGAAAUUACGCCUUGAAUUAUCACAGUUAAAACAAGAAACGGCUAAAUUACGAUGUAUGAUCCAUGCGUCUUAA